ACUCCCGUUUCCUCUCUAGUUCUAAUGUUCUGUCUGUCGCUUUUAUACGAAAAGUAUCGUCGGACAUACAUAUAUUCAGUAUAUGUAUAUAUGUAUAUCGUAUGCAUCUUCGUAUGAAUCGGUUUUAUUAUUCAAAUAACUAUUUUAUAACAUAAAUGAGAUCACGGUAGUAAAUAUGUAAACAUCUUUUUGAUAUGAAAUAAUCAAUUAUAUAAAGAUACCUGUUUCCUUUGAAAUUGAUUCCAGAAACAAUUUAAUCCUUGCCAUUUUUGUCAUGUUAAAUAAAUUAAGCGAAAUAGUAAAAUGGAAAAAAUAUUUUACACGAGAUACAGGGUAGACUAAUUUUAUGGAACUUCGUGCCCCAUGUUCUGAAAUGUUGACCAUGUAAAAAAAUUAGAGGUUGUGCUAUACCCCCUACGAUUUAUAGUAGUGAAUUUAGGAAUUAUUUUCAAUUCUACUAUGUACUGAAGUCGGUAAAGUCAACAGAAGUAGAAAUGUGAUUGUUGUACAUAAUAUAAAAUGUCAAUUUGUCUAAAUUUGAAUUUUACAAAUCAUUUCUAGCAUCGAAGCUUUUCUUUAAAUUUACUGUAAUACACGUUAGUCUAAGUAAAUGUAUUUCACAACUUAAAAAUAUCUCUGCAUUUUACAAAAUGAACGAAUCUAUAUAAUAGCAAAGUAUCUAAUAAUAGCAAAACUGGUAAUAGAUAGAAUAAUAACUGAACCUACUUAGUAUUUACACGGUUAGGUGCUUGUACUAGGUUCUCAAAACGAUUUAAUGACAGUUUUAUCGAAAGGAAGAUUCUAAUCAACUUUUUAAUAAUGAAAAGUUAUUAAUAUCUGAUAACAUUAAAAAAAAUUUUAAUCAUAUAUAGUAGAACUAAUAUUAUCAUAAAAAGCUAAAAAAAUGACUACAAAAAUUGAAGAUGUAGAUAAUAACUUACCACUUCCCUCUGAAAAAAUGCCUAAAUGUUGGAAUGAAGAAGAAAGGAUCAGUGCUUUGUUUUCCCCUUUUCGAACUAAAUCUGCUAAUCCACAAGAUUGGGUAUCGAAAUAUAAAUUUUGGCAAAAUUUAAUAUAUGAAUGGUUAAAAUACACUAAGAGAAAUAGCUUUUCUAUUGCAGACUUAAAUGGUGCUUUUAGAAGGAAAGGUUGUACACCGCUUUGUUUAGUAACUGUUGUUGAAGAAUUACAUCGGAAUAAUGAAAUAAUUCCAGAAACUGAAUUUUUGAAAGAACCCUGUGAAUCAUGGACUGCAUGGUCAAUUGAUACAUUUGUGAAAAAGCCACUUGUGUGGUCAUUUUCAAAAGUUAGAAGUUAUGUUGUUAAUAAUGAAAUUAACAAAGAAACUAGAUAUAUACAUUUACAAAUUAUUAAAGAAUUUGGAGAUGUUAUACUUUCUAUUUUAGAAAGAAAAAAAGAAAGUAUUCUUAUAUCAUUUUCUGAACUAGUAAAAAGUUGUAAAUCUGAUAUAGAUAAAAAUAUAUUAGAUAAUACUAUAAUGUUAAUCUUAAUAUGGUUGAUGCGUGAAAAAAAGGUGGUUUUUAGAAAUAAUGAAAAUCAAAGUGAAUUAUUGAUUAAAAUCGCUGCACAUUCAUCAGAUAGUAUAACAGAAAUUGAAGAAGGCUUAUACAAGUUAAUGAAACAAGAAAAUAUACUUAUAAAAGAAAUAGAAUUUAUGGAAGAAGAAAAAAUUAAUAUUAUUAGUGAAGCAAAGUCAUAUUUAACAAAAGGUUUACGGCAGGUAGCAAAAACAUAUUUGAGAAAAAAGAAAGAAUUGGAAAGUACUAUUGAAAAGCGAGCUCAAACACUUAACAAUAUUCAAAGCCUUAUAACAAGUAUUCAAAAUACUCACACAAAUACUACUGUGAUAUCAGCUUACAAAAUAGGAUCAGAUGUAUUAAAAAAACUUAACGAGAGUUGUUUAUCAGAGUCUAAUGUUAAAGAUAUUGUAGAUGACUUAUCAGAAGCUUUAGAAGAGCAAAAAGAAGUACAAUGUAUAUUAUCAGAGUCUCUUGAGAAUGAUGAUUCAAAUGUUGAUUUAGAAAAGGAAUUGGCAGAAUUAAUGAAACUUGAUGAAAAUAUUUUGCCUUCAGUACCAAAUACUAAAUUAAGUUCUACCAUAGAUGAACUUCAAAAGAACUUAAAAAACUUACAUGUUGAAGACGCUACUGUGUUCCAUGUAUCAUCUAAAUUGCCAAAAACGGUUAACAAUGAAAAGAUAUCAAAACAAUAUGAAUGUGUGUAAACAUAAAUAAAAUAAGGAUAUCACCAAAUUCUGUCUAGAAUGGUUUGUCUUUUUGUAACAAGUACAGUAAUAAUUAUAGUACUUGUAUAUGUGUAUAUAUAUAUAUAUAUAUUUCAUAAUAGUUAUUGUAUAUUGUUUUAUAACUAAGGUUUUAUAUAAAUGUUAUGCUUGUAACAGAAAAAAUAAUAGUAAGUUUAAAUAUAAUACUAGUUGCACUUUUAUAAAAGUAUAUAAUUUAUUUUGUAUAAAUUAAAAAAUAAUAUUAUUUGAAGUUUAUGUAUCAAAAGACUUUAUAGAUUCAUACAUUUUUAACAUGUAAAUCACCUUAUACGUUUUUUAUUAAAUAUAUUUGAAAUAUUGUGUAAUUUUGUAUCUCCAUUGUAUGGCC